AUGAACGUUUUCUCUCAUCUUCUUAAAGUUCUCGUCUUGAUCUUUUCUAUCCUAGCUGUAUUCUCAACUGCUGAUUUGUCAAUUGAUGGAGAAUCUUUGGUACUAUCCAUCAACGAAGAAGGACCAAUCAAAGUCAGAAGAGCCAGAGAAACUGGAGAACACUAA